GAUAAAUAUAAUGGCACUUGUCUUGAACUAUUAUUAAAAAAAUGUGUCAUACGUGACUUGUAUGCUUUGCAUGUAACAUAUCAAAAAGUAGUAUUCAUUAAAAAAGAUUCUCUAAGAUAUUAUACAUGUUAAUAUAUAAUUAAGAGAAUGAGUUGGAGAAAUGGGUGGGCAGGGAGCACGGCACAAACAUCGCUACACUGUAUAUAUCCAAAUCUCAAUAUCAUGUGUUGAUUUAGAAGAUGCUUCACGUCUUCCUCACCUAAUGAUUUUAAUAUAAAUACAUAUAGAGUAGAUGGCAAAGAAAGCAUAGAAAAAUUUGCAACAACUUAUCACAUUCAAAACUUUAGCUCAAAAUCUCUUGAGAAAGAAAAAAAAUGGCUGCCUUAAAAUCCAACUUCCAUGUCCGCUCAAACAGCUUGCCAUCAAAAUCACACCCUGUAAUUGAAGAGUGCAAUAACUAUUUGCUCAUAUUAGGGGCUUCUCAUGCAACUUCAUCAUCAUCUUCCAUUGCUCACCAACUCAGUGGUCUUGAGGAUUUGCACAUUUGUGUUGAGAAGUUGCUUCAGCUACCCCUCACGCGACAAGCCUUUUCUCAAGGCCGCCAAGAGAAAUGGGUUGACGAAUUAGUGGAUGGAUCCCUUAGACUCUUGGACUUGUGCAGUACAGCCAAAGAUGCUGUCUUGCACACAAAGGAAUGCGCGCGAGAUAUUCAAUCAACCAUGCGCAGAAAAGUUAGUCUUGAGAGUGAGAUUAAGAAAUACUCAGCCUCAAGGAAAGUGGUGAAAAAGGCAAUCCAAAAGGCCUUGAAAAGUUUGAAAGGUGUUGAAUCAAAAGACUUAGCCUUUAACGCCACCAAAAGUAGUGAAAUUUCUGCUUUGGUUAGUGUUAUGAGAGAGGUGGAGGCUGUCACUCUUGCCGCGCUAGAGUCUUUGUUGUCUUUUAUUUCUGGACCAAAGACACAGUCUAAGCUCGGUGGCUGGUCUCUAGUUUCCAAACUCGUGCAAAGCAAGAGAGUUGCUGGCGAUGAAGAUGUUGUAAAUGAAUUCGCAAAGGUGGACGCUGCCCUUUUAAGUCAGGAGACAAACAAAGCUGGCCAAGCUAUGCUAGAGCUGAAAAAUCUCGAGAUGUGCGUUCAAGACUUUGAACAAAUGCUAGAAUCCCUGUUCAGACGUUUAAUCAAAACCAGAGUUUCCCUUCUCAACAUCCUCAACAACUAAGCAUAGAAGAUCAUUAUAUGUAUAUAGUCCACCAUGGGCAUCCAAAAUUUUGAUAGCCUAGAUGAAAUAU